GCGUACACACGUGUUACUGUUUACAUGUAGCUUACAAAGUUAGCUUGUUAUCGCUAGGUGUAGUGCCAGUUCGGACUGAUUACAUCCCAAAAUGGAUUGUCUGCGUGUUUUAGAACUAUACAGCGGAAUAGGUGGGAUGCAUUACGCAUUGAAAGACAGCGGACUGACAGCUGAAGUGGUGGCUGCUGUGGACGUCAAUACUACAGCCAAUCAGAUUUACAAACACAAUUUCCCUAGCACAACGCUGUGGUCUAAGACGAUUGAGGGAAUCACUUUAAACGAGUUUGACAAAUUAGGAUUUGACAUGAUUUUGAUGAGUCCUCCAUGCCAACCCUUCACCCGAAUUGGACUGCAAGGUGAUGUGUCUGACCCAAGGGCAAAAAGCUUCCUUUACAUCCUUGACCUUCUGCCAAGGCUGAAAAAGCUCCCUCGCUUCAUUCUGCUGGAGAAUGUGAAAGGCUUUGAGACCUCCAAUGCUAGAGAUGCUCUGUUGAAGACACUUAGGGACUGUGGCUACAGCUUCCAGGAGUUCCUGCUCUCGCCUACAUGUCUUGGAAUACCAAACUCAAGACUGCGUUAUUUCCUCUUGGCAAAAGCACCACCAGGUUCUUUCACAUUCCAGACAAGCUCUGAGAUUUUGGAAAGCUUUCCGUCAUCGUCUGGUAAUGGUGCUUCUUCAGAGACCUCCAUGGUGCCUGAUUGUCCCUCUGAGUGUGUAAGCAGUACGACUGGAGACAAUGGGGGUGUCUUGUACAAGCUGGAGACGGCCCAGGACGCCCAGAGGAAGAUGGGUCAGAACAGCGACGAGUCGGUCCGGAGGAUACAGGAGUUCCUGGAGGUCCAGGGAGAAGGCGGAGGAGAGGACAUGGAGCGGUACCUGCUCCCCCCGAAAACGCUACUGCGCUACGCCAUGCUCAUGGACAUUGUGCGACCUUCCUGCAGACGAUCUGUGUGCUUCACGAAAGGGUAUGGCCACUACGUGGAGGGUACCGGCUCAGUGCUGCAGUCCUGCGUGGAGGAGGAUAUGGAGGAGGCCUUCCGCUCGCUAGAGCUGCAGUCAGAGGAGGACAAGCUGAGGCGACUGGAAAAGCUGAAGCUGCGGUACUUCACUCCGAGGGAGAUUGCCAAUCUCAUGGGCUUCCCUGCUGACUUCACGUUCCCAGAGGAUCUCUCGAUGAAACAACAGAACCGGGUUCUGGGGAACAGUCUGAACGUCCAUGUGGUGGCCCGACUCAUCAAACUGAUGCUGUCAUGACCAGAACCGACCCUGAUGGAUUUGGACACUCUUUUUUUUAAAGGAUUUUGCAAUGGUUGGAAAGCAGAAAGGACAUUGAAGUACAUUUUUAAUUUUUCCCUAUGUGUAUGUCCAAAGAAUAUUACAAUAUUUGGUACAUUUUGUAUAUAUAUUGUACAGAUACAGCCAUGGAAAAAAACAUGGUUUGACAAAUGUGGAUGAAUUAUAAAAUUAAAAACCUUUUACAAAUA